UCAAAACGACCAAAAACGUCAAAUCCGCCAUAUCGGGAUGUUUUUUGUUUUGCGACACACACGCAAAAUUUUUCUCAAGUAACUCUUCAUACGGCUUUUUCCACGCAAUAGGAGCUUUUCUCAGUGCAUUUGGCCCCAGAAUCCCUCCCUCAUAAUCUCAACUAUAGGUUUUUGUGCAAGAUUGUGGUACAAAGGAGAAAAUGAAGACUGUUAAGACGGAUCAGACCAUCAGUGAAUUCCUCAAGGAUCUGCCCUCGUACAAUGCCAAGAAUUUUGCUCUCUUCAAUACAGAAAAUGGCUUGAGGACGUCAUCAAAGCGACCUCCAGUCUAUCUGCCCACUGUUGAGGUUCCAGCUGAGCAAAUAAUUGUAACGGAGAAGAAGAACAUCCUCCUGAGAUACUUGCAUCAGCAAUGGGACAAGAAAAACACGGUGAAAAAGCGAGAUCAUGUUGGUGAUUCCACAGAGACCAAUCGCAAGAGACCCCGCCUCGAUCGGGAAAACACCAACUGAGCGUCCUCCUGUGUUACUCUUAAUUUCCAGACAUCUCCGUCUCAAAGAGAUUUCUUCUGUUUUCUCGCCUAUUUUUUUUCGAAUUCUGGCGCGCCGUAAAUUUUCCUCAUAAGAAAAAAUAUAUUAUGAAUAAAAUGAAUCAUUUAAUGUA